AUGGAGGCUAAGCAGUUAGAGAUGGAGGCUCAACAGGCACAAAUGAAGAAGCAAAUGAGUCAGAUGGAAGCUAAGUUUGAGGCUCAACAAAGAUGGUUUGAGGUUUUUCUCAUUCAAAUGCGUGCAAUGGAUAUGCCUAUUCUCGAACCAACUCGCAAAAACACAGAUCCACUUCAGGUACCUGAUGCAUUUAGUACUCAUAACAUAAACUCUCGUCGAUCAACGAUGAGGAGUUCAGCGACAAAAGAGAGCGAAAUUCCCGCCCAAGUGACUCUCCCUCUUAAGCCUAAGGUUCAGGAUGAUGCUGUUGGGAAAGUUCUAUUGGAUUUUUUGAGAGCGAAAGAGGAGUGCUGUUGCUUUAUCCAGUGGGGGAGUUAUAAUGAUUUGGCUGGUGAGAUUCCUCUCUCCAUUGGUGCUCUGACCUCUCUCAAGGCCUUUUCACUCACCAGUAAUAAACUAAAUGGCUCCAUACCAGUAGAAGAUGAGGUAGAAGAAGUGGAGUUUAUAACAAAGAGCAGGGCUGAAUCAUACAGAGGAAACAUUUUGUACUUCAUGUCGGGGAUCGAUCUGUCCUGGAAUAAAUUGACAGGUCCAAUUCCACCUGAAAUUGGAUACCCGAGUGGUAUUCAUACUCUAAACCUGUCAUUCAACUGUUUAACCGGAUCAAUCCCGGAAAUAUUUUCACUCCUGAAACAAGAACAAAGCCUGGACCUAUCCCACAACAGAUUGAGUGGCCAAAUUCCCUCACAGGUGGUAGAGUUGAACUUUUUAUCAGUCUUCACUGUAGCUUACAACAACUUAUCAGGUAGGACACCAGACAGGAAGGCACAGUUUGCAACAUUUGAAGAAAUCAGCUAUGAGGGCAACCCCUAUUCUUGUGGACUGCCACUGCAGAGAAGUUGCACCACCAGCAGAGUAUCGCCAUCAGCGCCACCACCUUCAAGAUCAGUACACUUAUUGGAAGCUGAAUUUUGGUGGGCUUUUGGGGAAUCAUAUGUUUUGGCAUUGUUAGGCUUUAUAGCUUUUCUCUACGUCAGUCCAUACCAUCGAAGACUGCUGUUUGGAUUCGUCGAAGCAUGUGUAGUAUCUUGUCGCUGA